UUCUGGUUGCGCCCGAUGGCGAUCUUGAACGAGUCGCACGCCCGUCAGCGCCAGGCGUCGCUGCAGCACCUCCACCACCACAGUAGCAAUAGCACGGCGCCGAUGCACCCGCAGCUCUUCUUGCACGCGCAGAUGCUGCCGCCGCCCGCGCUCUCGGCCUCGACGUCGCUCUCGUCGCUGCCGCCGACCGAGGCCAAAGGCAGCAACAAGCAGCACAUUUCGCCCAAGUGCCCCAAGGACACGAAGAAGGCCAAGGUUUCGCGCGAGCGCCAGCUCAAGAUCAACGCAGCGAGCCGGAAAUGCCGGCGAAAGCAAAAGGUCGAGCUGCAUUUCUUGCGCGCUCAUGUUGUGGACCUCCGGAAGGCCAUGGCCGACCACGGCAAGGCCUGCGCGAGCCUCGACACGUCGCUCCUCGACCGCACCGAGUCGACGAUCGAGGAGCUCACAAGCGUCCGCGUGGUCAAGGACGACCCGAACUCGUCGGACGACGAGCGCGGCAACAUGACGGACGAGCCGUCGCCGUUUGCCGACGGGCGCACGCACCAAGAGCUUACGACGAUCGGGUCGUACAUCCUCAUGAACGUCAACCUCGAGUCCAAGUCGUUUUCGCCCGACUCGAUCUCGUGCCUGCCCAUCCACAUGGACGGGUGGAUGAUCCGCCUCAGCAUCACGGAGCGCAGCUACGCGUUCUACAACGAAAAGUUCUUUCCGUGCAACACGCGGGACCUCUUUGACUUUAUCUGGGAAGCGUCGCUCCAGGAGACGACGCCGGACGCGCAAAGCGCCGACCUCUGCAAGGUCACGUCGCUCACCCCGGACAUGGCCUUUGUCGUCUCCAAGACGAUCGGCCGCUGGUCGCUCCAGGUCCACGGCGUGCCGAACGUCAGCUACAACUCGAUCGUCGCACGCACCUCGGACGGCGAGCGCCACAUGGUCUGUCAGCAAUCGGUCCUUGGCCCGUCGGACUUUAGCGAUCCGUCGGUCGAGCCAUGGCUCUUCAAGCGCUGGGUGGUGUUCCGGCCCGUCGUCCAAGACGGCGUCGUCGGUACGCUUGUCGAAGCCUACCGGAGUGCGAGCUACGCGUCCGGUCGGCGUCUCUACUCGGAGACCAACACGUACGACAGCUUUUGCGAGCACAUUAUCCGCCGGUACGCCGAGUCGAAUGCGGUCUUGGACCGCAAGAUGGCCAUGGACGUGCGCUUUGCCCAUCUCCCGCUCAACGAAAACACCAUGUUUAUGUACGACACCAUGUCGGAACGCAUGGUCAAGGACUUCUUAUUGCUCUAAGAUGCACGUCGCCUCUAGGGGUAGGGGCCUAUUUAUCUUUGUAACCACUCUUUUGUGUUGUGUGU